AAAAGGACAUAGAGACACAGCAUAUGGCAUACAGUACAUACACUUCACUCGACAUCACAUUCCAACAGAACGAAAAAAGUAGCGACUUAGCCUACUACGGGCGUCUGACUUUCCCACAAGCUACGCCGCAGCUAGGAAGGAGGGAGACGCCAGUGGCGAAGGUCGCCGCACAUCUGUCUCCUACUUACCCUUCCUCCACAGGUCUUCAACGAGUUCGAGGCGCUAUUUUGUCUCGGAUUUUCGCGAUUCCGAGGUUACAUUUCUGGGAAUAUUGUUGCGGCAGAGGUGGAAAACUCUACAACUCGAGCUCUGCCGAAGCGGUUCCCCGGAUCCUUUGUACACGCGAGCGGCGCGGCUGCAAUUUAAUAACAAGCAUGUGUCGCAGGUGCUCCGAUGACACCGAAUUAGCACCACUCCCGUCGCCAAACUCCGCCAAUUCCGCAGCUUCGACCGCGGAGCGACUCGCAUCGGGUUGGACCUCGGACUCGGAGCCGCCGCGGCCGCUGCCGCCGAAACUCUCUGCCAGCGGCUGGUCGCGGCUCGCUCACGCGCUGAGCCACAGCAGCCACGGGAAUAGCCGCCGCGCAGCCGCAGCGGCGCUGACUCAGACCCCUCAGAACACGGCGCUGGACGCCGGCCGCGGAGCUCCAAGUCGGAGCGUCAAGGACGUGACGGCGCCGUCAGCCGCCGCACUUCUGCCGGCAGGCACGCGUCAGCGGCCGUCAACUGCAGGGGAGUCGCCGCGGUGGGAUACCAGCAAGGAUGACGGCGAGCCGGCGCUUCUGCUGCUUCCUGACGGCUCCGUCCAAAUCGUGUGCGCGUCGCAGCCUCCCUCGAGCGCUCGGAGCAACCGCAAUUUCGGGAGAAAACCCGUCCUUUCUGUCCGCCAAGACUUGGAGAAUGACGAUAGCCGGCCCGGGAGGCCCACCCGCGCGAGCGACGUGCUUCGGGACCACCCGGGCUGUCAGGUAGGGUCGCUGACGUCAUCUCAUGCCUUCCUUCGCCCGCAGCAGGCGUUAAAGCCCGGCCACGUGUACUUCCUCCAGCCGCCCCUCGCGCUUCCCGCUCCCAGCGACUAUGGAACCGAUUCGGGUAAUUAUGAUGCUGGUGGCUCGGGUGCGCGGAGGGGGGACUUUGGAGACAGUGGCUCUACGGCGCUGCUUGCCCCACGAGAUGCUUGUAACGAGGAUGACGAUGGCGAGGAGACGCCCCAGCCUUGCUUGGAAGAUGUGAUUGAAAGUCUCGUCGCUCUGGACCGACACUCCCUCUCCCCCUCCCCCAAUCCGUCCCUCUACCGCACUCCCUGCGCCUGCUGCAACGGCGGACACCACCCCACCACUUCCAACUGCCUCUCCUCUCACUCCUCUCACUCCCUCAACCACGCCCACUCGCUUCCCCCCUCCGCAUCUGCUGCCAUGCGUCCUCCAUCCGCAUCCCCGCUGAUGCCACCCGUGUCCCCACCAUCCCCAUUUGCUAACUCGCCAUUGCGCAGUUGCCUCCCAAUUGGACGCCACAGCCGCCCACAAGAGAACUUCUCCACUUUUCCAGAGAACACCGAUUUCGGAUUUGAUCACGCCGCCGCUCACGCAUUCGCCUCGUCUGCCGCCCAGGAGAGUUGCUCGUCUCACCUGAUCCACCGUGGCUGGUGCACUGCGAGCCGAGGCACGCACCUGCCGGCUCCUCCUUCUGCCAGCGGCCAUUACAACUGCAACAGCAGCAGCGCAUGUGGUGUCGUGAAGAGCUACAGCACCAGUUUUGAGGUCAACAGUAUUGGAUGCAGCGGCUUCAGCAGCAGUAGCACCGGCAGUAGCAGCGGCAGCAGCAGCAGCAGCAGCAGCAAGUAUACGAUCAGUCAUGCCAGAGGGUCCUUUGUAGCAGUGGAUGACGUACCGGAGAAGGGGCAAGUGCAGCGGCACAGCCGAUUCCGAGUGCGAGGAAGAGCCGUGGUGACAGUAGAGGACAUGGUGUUUGGCCGGGGGGAAACCACCCUGGCAUGAAUGAACCAAAGCCAUAAUUUAGGAGGAAGUACUUGAGUCUUGAGUGCUGGUGCUGGUGCUGGUGCGAACUCCAGCCACAAUUGAACAGGCUGUUAUGGCCUGAGCAGAUCGAGCCAUGAGCUGAUUUCGGCUGGGUGGACCCGAAUUGGGCACGAACCCGAGCCGUGAGUGACUUGCUGCUUUCCUGGUUUGGCCCGUAGCUGUCGGCAGCCAGCCCUAGGUACCACCUGGCUCCUUGUGGUAGUAGCUUUGUUUUGUGGUAGUUCUUGGUGGCAUUUCCGUGUUGUUCCUGAUAUGUAUGUGUCAACUUAUACAUAUUAGCUAUGUAGAAGUUAUAGGCUAGACUGAGGUUUGCUUCUAGUGAGUAC